CUGAGGAUGGAUAAGGAGCUAUACUCGAGGCAGCUGUAUGUACUGGGUCUUCAUGCUAUGCAGAGGAUCCAGGAAGCCAAAGUCUUGCUAUGUGGCCUACAGGGCCUGGGAGCUGAGGUGGCCAAGAACCUGGUCCUUAUGGGUGUGGGCAGCCUCACCCUACAUGAUCCCCGUCCCACCUGCUGGGCUGACUUGGCUGCUCAGUUUUUCCUCUCAGAAGAGAGCUUAGGAAGGAGCAGGGCUGAGGCCUCUCAAGCACAAUUGGUUCAGCUCAAUGAAGCUGUCCAGAUCUCUGUUCACAAAGGCGACAUCACCGAGGACCUACUUCAGGGCUUUCAGGUAGUGGUGCUGACUGACUCCAAGCUAGAGGACCAACUGAAGGUGGGGACCUUUUGCCACAAGCAUGGAGUCUACUUCCUGAUGGCCGAAACCCGAGGCCUUGUGGGGCGGUUAUUCUGUGACUUGGGUGAGGACUUUACUGUUGUGGACCCUACUGAGGCAGAGCCUAUGACAGCUGCCAUCCAGGACAUCUCUCAGGGCUCCCCCGGCAUUGUCACCUUGAGAGGAGGCACCAAAAGACAUUCCUUCUAUGAUGGGGACUUGGUGAUUUUCUCAGACAUUGAAGGCAUGGUUGAACUCAACAGUGAUUCUCCACAGCCUGUCCAUGUGCAGAAAGACGGGUCCUUGGAGAUUGGAGAUACAACAACUUUCUCUCGUUACUUGAGAGGUGGAGUUGUCACUGAAGUCAAGAGACCCAAGACUGUGAGGCAUAAGCCCCUGGACAUAGCUCUGCUUCAGCCCCACGUGGUGACCCAGAAUACUCAGGAAGUACAACGUGCCCACUGCCUUCAUCAGGCCUUCCGUGCCCUGCACAUGUUCCAGCAACUUCAUGGCCGACUACCCAAGCCCUGGGAUCCUGAUGAUGCAGAGACCGUGGUGGGGCUAGCCCAGGACCUAGAGCCACUAAAAGGGACAAAAGAAGAGCCACUGGAUGGGAGUCUACUCCGGACAAUUGCCCUGAGUAGUGCUGGUAGCUUAAGCCCCAUGGCAGCCAUUCUGGGAGGAGUAGCUGCCCAGGAAGUCCUGAAGGCAAUCUCCAAGAAGUUCAUGCCCCUGGACCAAUGGCUGUACUUUGAUGCCCUUGAAUGUCUUCCAGAAGAUGAGAAGCUACUUCCCAGUCCUGAAGACUGUCAUCCAAGAAACUGCAGAUAUGAUGGGCAAAUUGCUGUGUUUGGGACUGGUCUUCAGGAGAAAUUGAGCUACCAACACUACCUCUUGGUGGGUGCUGGUGCCAUUGGCUGUGAGAUGCUCAAAGGCUUUGCCCUAGUGGGCCUGGGAGUUAGGGCUAAUGGAGGUGUGACUGUUGCUGACAUGGACCACAUAGAACGCUCCAACCUCAGCAGGCAGUUCCUCUUCAGGCCCAAGGACAUUGGCAGGCCCAAGGCAGAGGUGGCCUCGGCAGCAGCCCGUUGUCUAAACCCACACCUACAAGUGACUCCAUAUACCCACCCACUGGAUCCCACCACAGAGGACAUCUAUGAUGACAGCUUCUUCUCCAGGGUGGAUGGUGUUGUUGCUGCUUUGGACAGCUUCCAGGCCCGGCACUAUGUUGCUGCUCGAUGCACCCACUAUCUGAAACCACUGCUGGAGGCAGGCACCCAGGGGACUCUGGGGAGUGCUUCAGUGUUUGUGCCACAUGUGACGGAAUCCUACAAAGGUCCUGCCUCAGCCUCAGCUUCCCAGGAUAGCGAUGCUCCCUACCCUGUGUGUACCCUGCGGCACUUCCCCAGCACAGUGGAGCAUAGCCUGCAGUGGGCCCAGGAUGAAUUUGAGGGGCUCUUCAGACUAUCUGCAGAGAACAUCAACUGCUACCAACAGACGUGCAAUUCCCUGUUGGGCAUGGAUAGGAUAAGAACACAGGCCUUACUGCAGCAAGUGAUGGGUGUCCUAAGAAUGCGCCCACGGACCUGGCGAAACUGCGUGGAGUGGGCUCUUGGCCACUGGCAGUUGUGCUUCCAUGAUAGCAUUGUGGAGUUGCUAAGACUCUUCCCAUCUGAUAAAGUGCUUGCGGAUGGAACUCUGUUCUGGUCAGGAUCCAAAAAUUGUCCACAUCCCUUGCAAUUUGACCCCAACCAAGACAUGCAUUUCCUCUAUGUACUGGCAGCUGCCAACCUGUAUGCACGGAUGCACGGGCUGCCUGGCUCACAAAGUCAGACUGAACUCAGGGAACUGCUGAAGCUGCUGCUAGAGCCUGGCUCCACGCCCCAGAACCUCUUCUCUGCUGAGUUUGGCCAGGAACAGUCGGAGGAACUGAAGGAAACCCUGGACAACUGGAGCAAGGGCCCCCCACUGAAGCCUGUGCUGUUUGGAAAGGAUGAUGACGGCAACUUCCAUAUGGACUUUGUGGUAGCAGCGACACACCUGCGAUGCCAGAACUAUGGGAUCCUACCAGUUAACCAUGCUCGGAUCAAGCAAAUCAUGGGCCGGAUUAUCCCAGCCAUUGCCACCAGUACAUCAGUUGUGGCAGGCUUAUUGGGCCUGGAGCUGUAUAAGGUGGUAAGUGGGCCACGGCCCCGUGGUGCCUUUCGUCACAGCUAUCUGCACCUGGCUGAAAACCACUUCAUACGCUCGGCACCUUCUGCCCCAGCUAUCCAGUCGUUCCAGCGCCUAAAAUGGACCUGCUGGGACCGCCUGAAGGUGCAUGCUGGACAGCCUGAGAGGACACUGGAGUCACUGCUGGCCCAUCUCCAGGAAGAACAUGGACUGAAGGUAGAGAUGCUGCUCCACGACCAGGCUCUGCUCUAUUCUUCAGGAUGGCCAUUUGAAAAGCAGGCUCAGCACCUGUGCCUCAGGGUGACAGAACUGGUUCAGCAGGUGACCGGCUGGAAGCCCAAGCCUGGGCUGAGGGUUCUGGUGUUGGAGCUGAGCUGUGAGGGCGAGGAGGACGAAAUGGUUUUCCCACCUCUGCAUUAUGAGCUGUGAUGAGGUAGCCACCACGCCACCACUUGGCCAUAACGAACUCUGCAUAAAAUUCCUGCAUCUUCAGCCCACAGCAGAUACUUCAACAAUAAAAAUUUGUUGAAGGAA